AAGCCACUUGGGAAGACCCCGUGCGCGGAGGCCUGCGGCGGCGCCAUUUUUAGGGGGGUCCGAAGUGAAGAAAGAAGCUGCGCGUCGGCAUCAACCAAACUUCUUGACAAUUUCGUUCGACUUUUCCUCCAGCGCGCUCCUUCCGGUGGAUCCGCAUCGUGUCACACGCCUCUGAUAUCCGGGACAUGGCUACUGAUCACGUCAACGGUAACGGGACAGAGGAACCAAUGGACACGACGGCAGCAGUUUCGCGCUCGGAGCACUUCCAGGCCUUACUGGAAGCCGACUUGCCUCAGAAAGUGGCAGAGAAGCUCGAUGAGCUCUACAUUGCAGGUCUGGUCGCACACAGCGAUCUGGACGAAAGAGCAAUCGAGGCUCUGAAGGAGUUCAACGAGGAGGGAGCCCUGCAGGUCCUGCUCCAGUUUAAAGAAAGCGACCUGUCCCACGUUCAGAACAAAAGCGCCUAUCUGUGCGGCGUGAUGAAGACGUACAGGCAGCGCGAGAAACAAGGGGCCAAGGUCACGGAUGCCACCAAAGGACCCGACGAGGCCAAAAUUAAAGAGCUCCUGGACAGAACCAACUACACCCUCGACGUGACCACGGGCCAGCGCAAGUAUGGCGGGCCCCCGCCCGAGUCUGUGUACGCGGGGGCUCAACCCACAGUGGGAACAGAGAUAUUUGUGGGCAAGAUCCCCCGGGACCUGUUUGAAGAUGAACUGGUUCCUCGCUUUGAGAAGGCGGGGCCUAUUUGGGACCUUCGGCUUAUGAUGGACCCUCUGAGCGGCCUGAACAGAGGCUACGCCUUUGUCACCUUCUGCACUAAGGAGGCGGCGCAGGAGGCCGUCAAGCUGUGCAACAAUUGCGAGAUCCGACCGGGCAAGCACAUCGGCGUGUGCAUAUCGGUGGCCAACAACCGUCUGUUUGUGGGCUCCAUCCCUAAAAGCAAAACAAAGGAGCAGAUUGAGGAAGAGUUCUCCAAGGUCACAGAGGGCCUCAGCGACGUCAUCCUGUACCAUCAGCCCGACGACAAGAAGAAGAACCGAGGUUUCUGCUUCUUGGAGUACGAAGACCACAAGACCGCCGCUCAGGCGCGGCGCCGCCUGAUGAGCGGAAAGGUGAAGGUUUGGAACAACGUGGUGACGGUGGAGUGGGCCGACCCCAUUGAGGACCCGGACCCCGAGGUCAUGGCGAAGGUGAAAGUGUUGUUUGUGCGCAAUCUGGCCAAUAGUGUCACCGAAGAGAUCCUCGAGACCAGCUUCAGCCAGUUUGGGAAAGUGGAUCGCGUGAAAAAGCUGAAAGACUACGCCUUUGUUCACUUUGAAGAGCGCGACGGCGCCGUCAAGGCGCUGGCCGAGAUGAACGGCAAGGAGCUGGAAGGAGAGCCUGUGGAAAUCGUCUUUGCCAAGCCGCCCGAUCAGAAAAGGAAAGAACGCAAAGCUCAGCGGCAAGCGGCCAAGACGCAAAUGUAUGACGACUACUACUACUACUCCACCCCACAACACAUGCCGCCUCCCGGGAGAGGGCGGGCCCGGGGCGGCAGACGAGGCGUCGGCAGCUACGCCUACACGCCCGACUACUACGGCUACGAGGACUACUACGACUACUACGGCUACGACUACCACAACUACCGCGGCGGCUACGAUGACCCCUUCUAUGGCUACGACGAGUUUCAGGUGCCCGCCCGGAGCCGCGGCGGCAGCAGCAGGGGCGCCAGGGGCGGCGCCUCCCCGGGCCGAGGGCGCGGCGGCGAAGCCGGCCCACCCCGAGGCCGAGGCGGCUUCUCUCAGCGCGGCGGCGGCGGCGGGCUGGGACCCGGACCGGUGCGCGGAGGCCGCGGCGCCAGAGGCUCCGUGCAGCCGCGAGGGCGAGGAGGGGUACGUGGUGCGCGGGGUGUCCGCGGUGCAAAUGUAGGAGGAGCGAAGCGCAAAGCCGACGGGUACAACCAACCCGAUUCCAAGCGGCGCCAGACCAAUAAUCACAACUGGGGCUCCCAGCCCAUCGCUCAGCAGCCGCUCCAAGGCGGUGACCACUCGAGCUAUUCCGGCUACAAAUCUGACAACCAGGAAUUUUAUCAGGAUUCUUUCGGGCAGCAGUGGAAGUAGACCGGCCCGGCGCUAGGCUUUUUCGCCGCCUUUCUUCUCAUCCUUAGAGACUCGAUCCCAUUGGCUCCAAAUUGGUGACAUCUGGCAAGAGAUCAUUUUGUACAUAUUUUAAUAUUCCACAGUAGUCACACUCGGUGUUGCUUUUUUUUCUCCCCCCCCCCCCCCCCUUAUUUUGAAUGCUUCCUUUUAGCUGUUCCCAUUUAGCGUCUAGCAUUUGUUUUUAUCCCCUCUGCUCGCCAUGUUUUAUUGAAAGUGAAAUUACUAUUUGUACUGUCACAAAGUAAUGCGUGUCUUGUUGGAGAAAAAAGAAAAAAAAGGAAGAAAAAAAAAAGGUCCGCCGUCGCGGUCCUAACUUUUGGCUUGUAUUUUUUGCUGUUUGUCUGCUUUAAUAAACGUGCACACACACGUGCACAAAACCCAA